AUGCCGCCCUGCCAAGCUGCGACAACGGUCUGGUCAGUGGCACUCUCAUUGAAGAGCAGCUCCAGCCAGGUCUUGCCCAGGUACGGCCCGUCAAGUCAGCGGUACUUGACACAAGCUUGCCCCGUCCCAUAUCAAGGAAUGAGCGAUGAUGAUUGGCCGGGCUUCCUCUUAGUCCGACCUGCGCAACCCAGCACGCACCAGCGCCAGCGCCAGCAGCAUAGCAAGUGGCGGCACCACCCACGGGCAGGCGCAGGGCCAAAAGCAGCAGCCUGGACGGACGCCACGCACGAAUCCAGCCAGUCAGCGGCGCGGCGUGCCUGCCUGACUCAGCCGCCAACUGCCGUCCGUAUCGGGCCAAUCAGCGGGUGCGGCAGGAAGCCUGGGCUGGGCUGA